AUGCCACUAUCAUCCUCGUCCUCUUCGUCGUCUUCCUCAUCAUUUCCAUCAUCAAACACACACCUGCUGAACCUGGGCAGUAGCCACGCAUCAGCGCUUCACCCCCUCCACCACAAUCACUUUGGCGUUCACCUGGAUCCACUACCUACAUCCUGGGACCUGGUCUGGAACCAAACGGAUACUCUGUGUUUUAACAGGACCAAUGGGAGUUGUGAAUCAUGGGACCUCUUCAACCCAGAAGAGAACGACACCUCAACUCAGGGUCCGGCAACUCUCUUGGACGAGGAAUACAGAUUCUGGACUUUAGUUCUGAUAAUUAUCCCCCUUCUGACCGUCUUCGGCAAUAUCCUGGUUGUGAUGAGCGUCAUCAAAGAGAAGAGCUUGAAGACGGUGACCAACUACUUCAUCUGUUCACUGGCCGUUGCCGACAUCAUGGUCGCUGUCGUCGUCAUGCCAUUCGCUGUAUACAUGGAGGUGAUGAAGUACCGCUGGCUGCUCCACGAUGGGCUGUGUGAUGCCUGGGUAGCCUCGGAUGUUCUCGGCUGUACGGCCUCCAUCCUCAAUCUCACCGCAAUCUGUGUGGACAG